AUGUCAGACAAGCUUCGAGGAAAACGUGUAGUGAUCGUUGGGGGCAGCAGCGGCAUCGGUUUUGGUGUCGCCAAGCUAGCGCUCACAGCCGGUGCUUCGGUGAUUAUUUCGUCUUCCAACCAGACCAAAGUCGACGCGGCCGUUAAGAGACUCGUCGAUCUCGACGUCGGCGGGCCUGUGGAGGGAAAGGUCCUUGACGUGAAAGGGGGCGAAAGCGCGGUCAAGGCAUUCUUCGAGGCCCUGCCCGAGUUCAACCAUCUCAUCUGGACGGCAGGGGACUUCUUCCCGUUGAAUUAUCCAAAUGGCGACUUGACCGGUGUCCAAGAUACAUUCGUCGUACGCACCCUGGGGCCCAUAUACGCUGGAAAAUACGCGCCGAGUCGCAUGCCGAAGAGCUCGGACUCUUCAAUCAUCCUCACAUGUGGAAGCGUGAGCCGCAAGCCGUCGAAAGGGAUGGCGAUCGGUGCGGCUGUCUCCGGCGCCACUGAACGAUUCGCCAAGGGCUUAGCUGUUGAACUUGCCCCGAUCAGGGUCAAUGCAGUGAGCCCUGGUGCAGUGCAAACAGAGCUGUGGGAUGCACUUCCUGCCGAGAGUGUCCAGGCGUUGCUCUCAACUCUGACGCAGAAACUGCUCGUCCAACAUGUCGCGGACGCUGACGAGGCAGCCGAGCCCUAUCUUUAUCUUAUGAGAAGCGCGUAUGUCACCGGCGAAGUUGUCAACGUCGAUGGCGGAGCUGUUCUUGCUUGA